AUGUCUUACCCCUACAUGUAAUUGAAACUCAGGAAAUUCGACAAUAAAUCUCCCAUCACAAUCAACGACGAGUUUUCAAGCAAAGAAGAGGAAGAGCAACUGUUUGAAAAGCGGCUUCCAGUUCCUGCAAGACCUGUGAGUGCUAAAAAUUCUGAAUUUAAAGCUUCGAAAACUCCUAAAAAGAAACUGGCACGGCCGACCUCAGCAAGCAAAAACAUUUUCCCAGUCCGAAACAUAAUGCAGCAGCGAAGAGUCACUGACCCACUUGCCUUGGCCAGACUCCGUCCUAAGAACAUUCCUAUGGAUAAAGAACGGCUUUACGACGAAAACAUGGCCCUUAAGAUGAAAAUCAACAGCUUAAGCGAAGACAUCGUCAUACUCAAAACUAAGCUCAACCAGUCUGAAAGGGAAAUCAUCAAAAAAGAAGGCUUUUUUGGAGACACCAAAAAUCGAGGCGACAAAUUCAGUGCUCAAAACCUCAAGAGUGUGCAUUUAAUUACAAGUCUUAAGCAAACCAUUAAAGAGCUAAGGCUCCAGUUACAAGCGAAGGACGAGGAUAUCAUGCUGUUGAGGAAAAAUUUGAAAUCUACUAGCCUUGCAUUGUGAAUAGAAAAUAUUUUAAAGGAUUUUCUAUAUCAAUAAUAAAAAAAAUUACCUACAAUUAUAUAGGAAAAGUAAGCAAUCUGAGCUGGAAGUAGAAAUUCAAGCUUACAUUGAUGAAUGCACAAGGCUAAGACAUCACCUUGAAGAAGUCAUGCAACAAAGAGAUGCUGGGAACUCCCAAGGAUUCGGCAAUUUUGAAGAACAGAACUACCAGCAGCUUGCUAUGAUAAAUAAUCUGAAAAAAGAAAACGCAGAGCUCACUAAUAAUUUGAAUCAAACUAAAGAAGAAGCACUUAGGUGGAGAGAAAAGGCUACAGAACUGGAAAGAAACAAAAAGAAAAGACCAACGUCAAAAAAGACCGAAAUUAACAACUUGAAAACUGAAAUUCAGCACUUGAAAAUGAAGCUGACCAACGGUGAACAAGAAAUAAACCAAAAAGACUCCGAAGCCAAGUCAGAAAUCGAAAAAUUCGCCAAAGCCAACCAAGAACUCGCUCAAAAAUCCCAAAUCUCUGAAUCAAAGCUAAAGGAGCAAUCAGCAAUAAUUGAGCAGCUGCGGACACAGGUAUCAAACCUCCAGAAAGAGAUGCAGAAAGCCCAUAGGACCACUCCAUAUGUAGACACCUCAGGGUCACAUAUGAUCCAAAAAAUGGGCAACCCUCCAAAGCUUUUCAAGCUUAUAAACCAAGUUAUCACAAAGAAAAGGAUGCUGAUUACUGUAUUUUUAUCCCUGCUAGAUACAAAUAAUAAUGGGUAUAUUGAAAUAGAGGAAUUUAUAAGAGGCAUGAAACUCCAUGGCCAGCAUGUCAAGAAAAAGCAUAUAGAAGAUGCUAUGCGAGAGGUCACAGGAAAAGUCAGCAAUUUUAUACAUUUGAGGACUCUAGAGGAUGCUUUUGAAAGGUAUGAAUAUUCAAAUUCUCCGUUAAGUGUGAGCAGUGGAGACGAAAUGGCUCCUGCUAAGCCUGUCCCGAAGGCGCCAGGCUUAAAAGAAGAGAAAAAGGAGCUGCCUAUCUUGAAUGUCAAUAAAGUAGCUAGUCCAAUGCAUUUAGAUGCAGAAACACCUGUCAUGGAAAACCUGCCUGAGAUACCACAAAAACAAAAACAAGAAGAAGCCAAAAAAGCAGUUGAAAAUAAAGCAAAAGUUAGUGAAAUUUCACCUCAAAAGCCUCAGCCAGAAAUUCAGAAAAAAGUAGAAGAAUCCAAGAUUCCAGCAAAAUCUUCAUCCCUUGACAUUAACCCAGCACAAAAUAAAGACACAAAACCUCCUGAGAAAAUUCCGCACCCUCCAAAGGAAAUUCCUCCUCUUCAAAACAUCCCUCCAAAAGAAGUCCCCCCUCUUCAAAACAUCCCUCCAAAAGAGCCACCCAAGCCAAUUCAGCCAACACCACCAAAAGAGCCUGAAACCCCGACAAUCAAAGUUUCUCAAAUAACUCAAAUAAUCAAGCAUAUCUCUAUGAGAAUGCAGCUAAACCGUCUGCCAAAAAACAAACUAAUGCAAGUUCUAUUUGGUUCUGGCUACAAUAAAGACACGCUUAUUAGCAAAGAAGAAAUAAGGGAAAUUCUUUCUAAAGCUCCAUUAAAUUUUAGCAAUGAAGCUGAGCUUGAUAAUUUCUGCAGAUUCCUGGUUGAGCCUGAAACUGACAAAAUCCCUAUCAGCGUCCAAAAGAGUGCUAAAGCUUCAAGAAAAGAUAUAGGAGUCAAGCUUUAUAAGAUCCUUGAUGAGUGGGACGUUUUUUCCCAAGAAGAUGAAAAUGAUUUUGAUGAGCAGCUGUACAGAAUUAUAAGCAAGCAUAAAGACGGGCUAAAAAAAGCGUGCAAGGCUAAAGAUCCCAACAAAACAGGACUUAUCACUUUGGAUUACUUCUGCGAAGUUUUAAAAGACUUGAAAAUUGAGUUUCCUCCAAAAAUCAUGAGGUAUAUGACUCUUCUGUUUUAUUCUAAUAAACUAGAGCUAAACUCAGUCCCUUAUAAGCAUUUUAUCAAAGCUUAUAAAUCCCCACCUGAAGAAGAAGAAGAGUAUGAAGAAGACUACGAAGGCGAAGAAAAAAAUGAAGAGGAAGAAGAAGAGCUGACUGACGAAAGCAGAGCCAAAAUCGUCAGGCACUAUCUAGAAAUCAUCGCAGAAGCCUUAAAAGACCAGAAAAAAGCAGUAAGAGAUGCUUUUAAAUAUGAUAAAAAUGGGUUUAUAAACCCUGACAGCUUCAUAGAAGGCUUGAAAAACCUUGGCAUCGACGAUAUUGAAGAUGAGCUUUUGGUACUUAUCAUUGAGUCUUUACAAUAUGAAGAAGAAACCAAUGAAAUGUACAUCAGCGUUGAAGAACUAGAAGAAAUUUUAGAACACUAUGGAGUGCCGAUUAAGAGUCAUGAGUAUUCCAAUGUAGAAGAAUAUGAAGAAGGAGAACAGUCUCCUGGAAGCGACAUAAGGAAGAUCACAAAUCAGUUCGCUGCAACAGAAGGGGAGAGAAUCAAAAAAGUGUCAAUGCUUGAGUCCUCUGUCAGCUCCAGCGACAAAAGAGAUGAAAGCGUCCCUGACUCCUUGCCUAGUGAAGCAUUUUCUGCGAAAAUGCAUAAAGAAGAGCCUGCAAAAGAAAUUAAUUUUGAAAACCCAAGCCAGUAUAAAGCAUUUGGCAACGUCGCUUCAAUUGAAGAAUUGGUUAAGAGCCAAAAAUCAAGCUCCAGCUCGAGCUCUUCAUCAAGAAAAUCUAGCGUGUCUAGCAAAAAGUCAAAAAAAUCUAGCAUAUCUAGCAAAAAAUCAAAAAAAUCAAGCUCGUCUUCAUCAGAAAAGUCCAGCAUAUCAAGCAAAAAGAAGUCAAAGUCCAGUUCAUCAGAAGAAGAGUAUGUAUCAGACUAUAAGAGCGAUAAAAACGAGAAUAAAUCGGAUAAAGAAGAAAAGAAAAGCAAUAACCGAUAUAAGGAGAAAUCUCCUUCUGAAGAGUCUCCAAAGGAAGAGUACUCUGAUUACGAAAGCGACCAUGACAAAGAAACACAAAAGGAGACUCAAGCCAAAAAAGAGAGCGGAGUGCCUUCACUGUCUUAUAAAAAAUCUGAAAGUGAAUCAGAUAAAAUAACCCCAAGGUCACAAAUUUCAGAAUCUUCCUAUUCAAGCGAGAAAAAAAGUUUUAAAGGCCAAGGUAAAAAAACAGACUACGAGGAAAAAGUGUCUGAUAGCGAUGUAAGUGAAAAGUCAAAAAGCUCUAAACCCCCCCCCCCCCUCCGUGAGCGAACAAAAAAAAUUUUGUUCGCUCACGGGGGGGUUAAUUUUUUUUUUUAAAAAAAAAAAAAUUUAUAUAUAAUUUUUUAUAAAAAAUAUUUUUUUCGAAAUUUAAAAAAAUCCUAAUUUGCAAAAAUUGGGAAGCAAAUAUUAAUUUAAUUUGCAAAAUUUAUGUUUUAAAACGCAAUUUGUUUAAAAUUAAACAGAAUUAGCUCUAGAUUUCAUUAUACUAAUUAUCACUUAUAUAUCAAAAUUUUUUUCCAUUAAAAUUUUUUCUAUUAAAAAAAUUUUUGUUCACUCACGGAGGGUGGGUUUUUGGUCAAAAAAUGGCGAUUUUUCUAAUGGUUUUGUUCGCUCACGGAGGGGGGGGGGGGGAGUAAGGCAAGUGUCAAGAAAGCGGCUUCAGAUAAAAAUUUAUCUAUUGAGAAGCAUCAAAAAUCUGAAGAAAGCUAUGAAGAAGAGCAAAACUCUAGCUCAGUUUCUGAUUCCAGUGAAAAGGGAAAAGCUGCUUUUGAAUAUGAAAAGCCACAGAAACCAUUAGAGCAAGUUCCUCUGAAGGUAAACCAGCCUCCUCAAGCAAUCCCUCUGAAGAUAAACCAGAGUCCUCGUCAAUUGCCAGAAUCAAGUAAUAAUGAAGAAAGUCCAUAUGAGUCAGAGAUUGAGUAUUCUCCACAUUCCUCAAACUAUGAAGAGGAAGAAGAAAAAGUAAUUCAGACUAAGCCUGAGCUUCCAAAAGUAGAAAAAGCCGAAGAGCCAGAAGAAGACAUUGAAGAAAGCAUAGAGUCCAAGAAAUCCGAAGAAGAAUAUCAAAGUGACUAUGACUCUGACAAAGGAGGGUCUAGUUCUGGUUCAAUAAGCUUAUAA